AUGGCUCACGCAAGACGGUCACCCCAAUAUAGAGCACCAUCCUCGUCUAUCAGCUCUCCGUCGACAACCCGUAGAAACCUUCGCAAGCGCGCUCCUCCACGAUCACCAACGCGUAUACCGGACGAGUUCAUAUCCUCCCCUCUCCCACUGCGCCAUCGGCCUGUCCUCGUUCCUCUACACCCGAAUCUGCGCCGUUUGCCCUCUAGAAUCUACGUCGCCGAGAAGGACCAGGACUCAGACCAGCUGAUGCGCGAGUCAAGUCAUGUGAUCACUGGCUCUAAACGAAAGCGCGUUGUGAGCACCAAUGAGAACGCGCACACUCAUGGUCGCCCGACGCGUGGUUCGGGGAGGCUAAAGCGUAUCAAGACUUCUGUGACGACCAAUGCUCGCUACCACGCUGUGACAAGUGAGGAGAGCCAAUCAGAAGCUAGUGAAAUGGAGGUGGAUCUUGUGUCUAACCUGAGUCCGGGGUCUGAUGACUCCGAUGUCGAGGUUGAAGGAGAAGAGGGCGGUGAGGAUAGAGAUUUUAACGAGGACUCAUCUGACGAGUAUUACAUUAAUACUGCGUCUCCGAAGAACUUGAACCGGUUGCUCAAGGCUCGGCUCGUCGAGCUUUAUGAGCUCGCUGGCCUCACUGAGGACCCGGGCAACCUCAAGAAGUCCGAGAUAAUCGAUGCUAUUGUCAAUGCUAGGGACGAUGUUGCUUCUGUGCCUCCAUCCUCACCACCUCGAGGCGAUGGUGCAUCCUCAGACUACUCGAGCGACGAUGGUCAUUUCGCUGGAGAUGAAGGGACUGACAUUGGUGGCCCUCGGCAUCCUUCCAAUGGGAGUGCUCUUCGUAGGCGGGUUACUCUUCACGACAUUAGCAAAACGCCUUCGCGGCCGUUGAAGAGUCGGAGCCUCUCCAUGGGCAAUCUGUUGGGUAAUGGGGAACCUCCGCGAUCCUUGUUAAAACGGAAAGCAGCGGAAACGAACGGCCAGAGCGAAGGAGCUCCUUCAAAACGCAAGGUUUCCACCCGGUCUUCCUCAGCCAACAGUGCAACAGGCUCUCUGGUCCAUCACUCACCACCAGCGACGAGACUUCGCACCCGCAAUGCCUCUGGAUCCCUUCCCGGGACAAGCACCCCGACGUCUACGUCUAGCAGAAGUAAAGGGAAGGGGAAAGCCAAACAGGUUGAAUUCAGCAAUGAUGUUGAGGUUCAUGUCCAGACACCCUCUAAACGGAAUUCCAAAGGCAAACAAGCAGACCGGCCAGUGGAUUCCGAGAGUGAUCUCACUGAACUCGAGUCGGAAAAGGAGAUGGCCAUUGGCGAGCCCAGCCCACGACGACUACGAAGUAAAGACCGUGAAUGCGCAGCCGUAGCUAAAGGAAAGGGGAAGCAGGAUCCUGAAGCCACCCCCGUCGCUUCUUCCAAACGAAGGAAAACGCCCAAAAAGGUUGAGGUUACGGAGGAUGAAGAGGACGCCCAUGUCUAUUUGACAGAGCAUCCUACCCGCAAAACUCCCAUGCGGAAGGCAAAGAAAAAGAUCGGCAACUUGAAAGAGUCCGAUUUAGAGGAAGGGCAAGAGGAAGAGGACGAGGAUGAAGGUUUAGGAGAUGAGUGUGAAGAAGUGGCUGAUGAUGGCGAAGGCGAGGAUGACGCGGAGGAAGAGGAAGUUGACGAGCUUGUUUCAUCCGCCUCUAUCACACCUCCCCCUGAGUCUCGUGGGCGUCGCACCACAACACGGAGACGUCUACGACCAAGGCGAACCCGGACGAAGACCUUGCCGACAGGUGACGACGCCAAUGAAGGUGAUGACGAGGAGGAAGUUGAGGGAGACGAGGAGCAGGAAGACGAGGAUGGUACAGAGCAGGAAGAUGAUGACGAGGCCACGAUUGCCGUUGAGCCGCGGCGGUUGAGAAAUGGCAAGAUUGUCGGAGAGGAAGAGGUGGCGGAUGAGGAGGAAGACGAAGAAGAGCAGGAUGCUGAAAUGGAAGUUGACGAGGAGUCGAUCGGAGAGGAAGACGAGGAAGAUGAAGCCGAAGAUGAAGCCGAAGAGGGGGAGGGGGUAGAGGAGGAGACUGAGAGCGCAGACGGCUCAGAGAUCGAUGUUGACGCUGAAGGCGAAACCGAUGAAGACGAGGCAAUGGAGGAAGAAGUCGAUUUGACGAUCGCGACUGCCAAAACCCUUGUUCGAUUGCGCCGGGAUGAUCUCGUUCGCCUCUGUGAGACGAGAGAUCUCGACCCUUCCGGCACAAAGCCUCAACUCGCCGAAGCUUUGCUUCAAUGGAGAGACCGCCAUGCCAAUGAUUUCUCCUCGCCAUCUUCAGCAGGCACCGUCCGUCCAUCAUCGAACAGGCGCAGACGACGGGGCAAGAAUUCGAAUGCAACUUCUGCUACCAAUACAACGGUUCCUGUUCUUCUCCGUUCUGAACAUACCCAUACGGACGAGCCGCGAACUCCGGUUCCCGGCAAGGAGAAGGAGAAUGAGGAGUUGGAACUCGACUUGGAGAGUCUUGGCCUGGAGGAUAGGGAGAUACCUGUUGACAAGCUGACCAAGCUCGAAAAGAUUGGAAGCGGGGGCUUCAAGGACGUAUUCAUUGGCAAGUUCAAGAAUCGGAAGAUAGCCAUCGCUGAGUUCAGAGGACAGCUGAGUGCCAUGGACAUCAAGGAACUCAAGCUGCUGGGUGCUUUCAAUCAUCCAAACAUCGUUCGAUUUUUGGGUGUCAGUAUACCUGAGAACACGAAAGAAACCCCAGUCAUGAUUGUCAGCGAGUUGUGCUCCAAUGGUGAUCUUUUCGAUUACAUUAGGAACGUGAAUGCGCCUAGCUUGCACAAAGUCCUUACGAUGAUGCUUAACAUCGCUCACGGCCUGGAGUACCUUCACACACGCAAGCCAUCCAUCAUUCAUCGUGACUGCAAGUCCUCCAACAUUCUCAUCACCGCAAAGGGAGCAGCGAAGAUUGCAGACUUCGGACUUGCCAAGGUGAAGCAGUCGACAAGGUCGAUGGUUCGCAGUUUGGUGGGCACGGUCAACUGGCAAGCGCCGGAAUUGUGGCACGCACAUCCCAAAUACAACCACAAAGUCGACGUAUUCUCAUGUGCCAUGGUGUUUUGGGAGAUGCUUCAGUGGCAUCUGCCAACGAAGAAAUUCCCCUGGGAGGGAAUGAAUGAACAUGCUAUCUACGAGAUUGUUGGGACGAAGCGACAACGUCCGUCCAUCGCUGGUCUUCGAAAGCAAUGGUGUCCUGAGAUCAUUGAUCUCGUAGAGCGUAUGUGGGCCCAGGAACACCAAGACCGGCCUACCAUGACUGAAGUGGUAGAGGCUCUUGAGGAACUUGUCAAGAAAUACUGA